CCUCACAAACUGAUGUAUAGUAACUUAUAUGCAGAGGAAUGAGUGUCGUGGGGGGUUAUUUCUUACUUCAAUUUAUGCAAGAAAUGUUUUCAUUUCCUUCCCACUUGGUUCCUAGUCUCGCUCCUUGAUCAGUUUGGUGAUGUGAAAGUUCAGGAGGAAGAUAGUCAGAGAGGGUAAUAAGGUAUUUACAUUGUUUGAUGUUUAGGUCUUGGAAAGUUGUGACACAUUAUGGAAAUUGGUACAUUUUAGCUUCUUCAAUACCGCAAGCUGUGUUGUCUAAUAACUUCUGAUAAAAAAACUUUUAGGCCUUCGAGAGGAGCGUUACAUACUAUUAUUAUGUACAAACUUUCAUUUCUCUUUUUCUCCAGAAGGCCAUUUAAGUUAUUGUUCAUGGUUCUAUGUAAAUGGACGCAAAAAAUAAUGGUUAUCUUUUUCUCCAUGGUUCUAUUUAUUUGCAGGUUUUCGAUUCUGGGGUUGUGGAUAUGGAUUAUAGGACAGGCGAAUCAUUGGAUGCUCUGCAUUCAGCAGAUAUGAAUUCCGACCCUGGAGAUUUUGAAUGCAAUAUCUGCUUCGAAUUGGCUCAAGAUCCUAUAGUGACUCUUUGCGGCCACCUUUAUUGUUGGCCAUGUCUUUAUGAAUGGUUACAAGUUCAUUCACAUUCCCACGAGUGCCCAGUAUGUAAGGCUCUUAUAGAAGAGCACAAGUUAGUUCCAAUAUACGGACGAGGCAAAGCAAGUUCUGACCCAAGAUCUCGGUUAAGACCAGGAAUCAAUAUUCCUAAACGUCCAGUGGGACAGAGACCUCAAACCGCUCCAGCUGUUAAUACGGACUAUCUCCGACAUGAUGAAUUGGAUCCCCUAGGGGGAUUCAUGCCCAUGCCAAGUGCAAGGUUUGGAAACUCGACAUUAUCUGCUGUUUUUGGAGCUAUUCCAGCUUUUUUUAACCUUCAUGUACACGGAUUUCAUGAUGCCACUGUUUAUGGGGCUACUACAGGAGUUCCAUACCUCUUUUCUGGUUCAUUUCAUGGGGGUUAUGCUCAUGGUUUCCAUCACUCUAACCGCCUAGAUGGGACUAAGUUCUUUAUGAAGGUGCUUUUCUUGAUCGCCGGUUUCCUCUUAAUUGUUUCCCUAAUUUCGUGAAGUGUAUAUCCUAGUGUGCUAGACCUAUAUAUGUGUAGUAAACCGGUGCAACUAUAUUGCACGUCGUUAGGAGUUAGGAUUGUGUAUUUAAUGUUAUUAGCAUCAGAAACUACACCAAGUUUUUCUCUCCAAUAAAAAAAUGGUGGAACUUCUCCUUCAAAUUGUUCUGUAACUAACAAGAGGGUGAUGCUUGGGCCUGAUUAAGUGAAUUCUUGAUUCACAUC